UGUGUAUCUGCCUUUCCGGAACUGUGACCCGUUUGCACAGCAUAGCUCUGCUAUUGGUGUGACUUUUUUCUGGAAAGCAGUGGGUGAACAUUGUGCAUAUUUAAAGGCAUGACUUAACCCAGUGACUUCGCAGCUUUCACUGAGAGGAAAAAGAAGCUACCCCAGAGCAUUCUGCAUGUGGGAAUAUCUUUUUUGCAGAGAAAAUGGGCCAGAAAUUAUCACAGGAACAUAACGAGAAGAACAAGGCUGACAUUCUCAUUAUAAACGAGGUGUUCAGCCAAGGAGUGGUCCAUGCAUCUCAAAAGCUGAAAGAAUACCUUGGAUUUGAAGAUCCUCAGAGCAAAUUCCGCCCAGCCAUGGAUACUUUAAAUGAGAUCUUUUUGGUUAACUUCAUCGGUUUCUGUAUUGAAAAAGGAGUGGAGGAGCGUAUCAUGACCAGCAAGUUGACAAAGCAACAGUCUUUGCUGCUUGGGGUUGACUGGAUCUGGACUUUAUCUGGAGCCGACAAACAAAUCAAUCUUCAGAUUGCCGUGCAGUCUUUGCCGAUGGCUGAGCUCCUCCACGAUGAAACGGGGCCCAGCAAGGAAGCCAUGUCAGCAGGCCAGCCUUUCAAAAACAAAAGCAGGUUUGAGAAGCUGGAAGAGUUCUGCACGCUGGUGGGACAAGACUGCCUGGGCCUCUUUAUAAUGUUUGGAGUGCCAGGGAAACCUAAGGAUCUCAGAGGAGUCAUGCUAGACAGCAUCAACAAGGAGAAACGAAAAAAUCACCUGUCAAGCAAGAAUGCUCUAAGGCAGUUCGUCUUGAACACUGAUAGCUUCCUCUCCACAAAAGAAAUGCUUGAAAACUGCCUCUGUAAGAAAAAUGGACUGAAGGAGGUGGGCAAGGUGUACAUUAACUUCCUUUAAACUCCUGGUUAAUGGUAAAAGGGCUGUUUAGCCCAUCACCAAAGAAUAUCCAGUACUGGUCUUUCGAUCAUCUAGUUACUUAGUCCAGCCAGUUGAUUUUUAUAGGACCCAAGAUGAUUAACUCUAAUUUUUAAAUCAACACUAUAUGCAUUCCAGAAAAUGUGUUUGUGCCAGAGGCUUAAUUUUAAAAAUAUUCUGUUCCUCAGAACUU